AUGUUGAAAUUACUACACGUCAUAAAUGAACAUUCAGAAUCGAUACACUCUAUAUUUCAUGAAAAAUCAAAUGAAUUGAUAUCUGGAGAUAGUGAUGGAUUUAUUAUAAUUUGGUCAAGCAAUAAUAAUUAAUGGAAUUGCUCAUAAACUAUUAAAGCACAUAAUAAAGCUAUUCAAUUUUUGAUUAUGAAUAAUAAUGAAGAUAUUUUUAUAUCUAGUCGUAGUGAUAAUACUAUUAAAUUUUGGAAUAAAUAAAAGGAAUGGAUCUAUUAAUCAACUAUCAAUGAUUAUACUAGUCCUGUUUAUUAAUUAAGUUUAAAUGAUGAAUAAAAUAAAGUUAUUUCUUGUGGAAUGGAUGAAAAAAUAUUGAUAAUAAAAAGUGGAUUUUAAUUUAAAAUAUUACAGUUGAAUGUUAUGGAUAACGAAUAUGCUUUAUCAACAAUAAUUAAUUCAUAUUUCAACCAUUUAAAGGCAAUUAGAUGCAUGUCUAUAAAAUGA